CCGUCCAUUCUUUUUUGUAAAUAAAAAAACAUUUGUUUUUCAAUACACCGCCAGUAAACUCACUAGUUUUAUAGUACAUGAGAGUCUCCUUAUUAGAUUCAGAUAGCAGCAACACACCCAAAGAAGAACCACACUUCCAACCCCAAACUCGCUCAAGGCAGUGUCUUUAUCACAUAGAAAACAUGAAUUUUGGAGCAUCAUUGUGCAGACGAUUGAGUAUCAAGGAACUUGUGACAAAUGUUCCUGUAUACAGAAGCACUGGUGAUGUUUCUGGAGAAGGGUUGAGUAUGGUUUUCAGUCGUUGGGCCUCCAAGAAGACAGCUGGUUCCACAAAGAAUGGACGGGACUCAAAACCCAAGAACCUAGGAGUGAAGAAAUUUGGUGGGGAGAGGGUGAUACCUGGAAAUAUCAUUGUUAGACAGCGUGGUACUCGUUUUCAUCCCGGAAACUAUGUUGGAAUAGGGAAAGAUCAUACUCUGUUUGCUUUGAAGCAGGGCUUGGUGAAGUUUGAACGGAACAAGCUGACCGGUCGCAAGUGGGUGCAUGUUGAGCCUAAGGAAGGUCAUGUCCUCCACCCUGUGUAUGAAAGUGCUUCUGAAUCUGAACUUAAAGUUGCUGUCUAAGCCUGACCAUUGUCAUCCUUGAUGGAUUUUUUUUAGUGAUGAAAUUCUGAAUUCUGAUUACUUUCUUUUCUCGUGUAACUCCUAGAUUUUCUACCUAUAAGCGGGUUAAUUGUUUGGUACAAUCCUCUACCUGUAACUCCUGAUUAGUUUAAUUGUUUGUUUGAACUUGAAGUGCUUCCGCAAACUGACUUUGUACUUUGGCAACCUGAAACGAAGUCAAAGCAAUAAAAGAUGAAAUGUUUAGUACUA